UGCUGGUGGAAUGUCCAGCUGCUAACAUUGAUGACCUAAAGGACACGUAGACUGAAGACUUGGACAGUGUAGUAGUGAGCACAGUGAGAAGACUCUGAAACGCAACCUAACUGCAGGCAUGGAGAACGUGGAAGUGUUCGACUCACCAGGAAAGGGACGUGGUCUCAGGGCGAUCAAAGAACUAUGGGCUGGAGACGUGCUGUUUGCAGAACCUUGCUUUUCCUCUGUGGUGUUUGACAGUCUUGCAGCGAAUGUCUGUCACUGCUGUUUCCGCCGGCAGCCGAAGCUGCAGCGGUGUGGUCAGUGCCGCUUUGCGCAGUACUGCGACCGCACAUGUCAGCGUGCGGCCUGGGAGGAACACAAACAGGAGUGUGCCGCCAUUAAGAGCUAUGGCAAAGUGCCCAAUGAAAACAUCCGCCUCGCUGCUCGUAUUAUGUGGCGCCUCGACAAAGAAGGAGGUGUCAUCUCAGACAUGCAGCUCACCACACUGGAAGACUUGGAGGACCACAUCUCUGAUAUGCCUGAGGAUGACCUGAAGGAACUCAAAGUGGACAUCCACAACUUCCUGGACUUUUGGCCCAGAACUAGCAAGCAACACACUGUGGAAAGAAUCUCACACAUCAUGGGAGUGAUCAACUGCAACGGCUUCAUGGUGAGUGAUCAGAAGGGUCUUCAGGCAGUUGGAGUUGGUCUGUUCCCCAACCUUUGUCUGGUCAACCAUGACUGCUGGCCUAACUGCACUGUCAUCCUCAACAACGGCAAUCAUUCGGCUGUCAAUACAUUGUAUCACACUCAGAAGAGAAUUGAGCUCAGAGCUUUGGGUAAAAUCAGCGAGGGAGAGGAGUUGACCGUGGCCUACGUGGACUUCUUGAACCUGUCAGAAGACCGCAAACGCAUGCUGAAGCAGCAGUACUUCUUCGACUGUACCUGUGAACACUGCACCAACAAAAUCAAAGAUGACCUGAAGAUGGCCGGUGCAGAGGUGGAAGGUGUUAAGGUGCCAGAAGAUAAAGUAAAGGAAGUAACAGAAUACAGUAAGGAGAUGCUGCAGAAUAUGGAGAAGGCCCGUUUAGAUGGAAACUACAAUGAGGUAGUAAAGAUCUGCCGCGAGUGUGUGAAGAAGCAGGAGAAUGUUCUAGCUGACACACACAUAUACCAGCUGAGGAUGUGGAGCACGCUCAGUGAAGUCCUCUCCUACCUUCAGUUCUUCGAGGAGGCAGCUGACUUUGCUCACAAGAUGGUAGAUGGAUACAUGAAGCUGUACCAUCCGAACAACGCUCAGCUGGGAAUGGCUACAAUGAGGGCAGGAGUGACACACUGGCAGGCCGGACUCAUAGAAGUGGGACACGGCAUGAUCUGCAAAGCUUAUGCUAUUCUGAUGGUCACCCAUGGGCCAACACAUCCUAUCGUUAAAGACCUUGAGGCGAUGCGCAUGCAGACAGAGAUGGAGCUGCGCAUGUUUAAGCAGAACGAGUAUGUCUAUCACUCCAUGCGGGAGGCAGCGCUAAAGAACCAGCCCAUGAAGAUGAUGGCAGAACCAGUGGAGGAGGGCAUCAAGAGCCUGUUCCGCAAAAAGUGACCUCACACAGUUCCCACUCCACCACACUCUAUUUAUCAUCAACUCCAGAUUUCAUCACUGUGAGAUCAGCUUCUAGUGCAACUGACAGCUGCUUUAACCUACCUGGGACAGUUUUUGGGGGUUUUUAUUUUUAAUUUUCCAAAGUAUCAAUAAAUGCGUAGCACUGUUUUAGGUCCUAUUUUUAGAUCUGAAUGUACUGUUUCUUGUUUUUUAAUAAAUAUUAAAAUAAAUGUUUGCAUUUAAAUA